UUCCCCUACUCUCUCAUCCUCUGUCUCGAGGAAAUGUGCAUCGUUCUCCACAAGAUCAAAACGCUAAUUGAAGAUUGCUCCAAUGGAAGAAGCAGGUUCAAUCUCCUCGUGUAAAUCGAAACCGUCGCCGACACCUUCCACAGGCUCACCGGAGAACUCUCCACGCUCCUCGAUGUUUUCCAUCUCCAACACCUAAAUGACGACCGGGAACUCGUUAUCCUCCUGCGGAAACAGUGCUCCGAAUUCGGAGCCGAACACAUAAACCUCCGGAACGACGUCGUUUCGGUCCUCGACCGGAUCAAGUGCAUCUCUCUUUGAUUUUCGACAAACUGGAGAUUCGCGACGCAUCCAGCUGCAGAGCGGAGAUUGAGAGCCUCGAGGAAGAGAUUAUCAAUCGGAGCGAGGAACAAUCCAAAACGGACCUCGUCGCGUUGAUCGGCGACGCUAUUGAGGAUUUUGCGGCGGUGGGCGGCGGGGCUGGAAAGUGAAAAUCUAAUUCAUGUUUCCUCACUUUUAUCCAUGUGCUAUUUUUGUGGUUUGUCUGGUCAUCACAUCCAGCUUGUGGAGUUCAGCAAUAAUAUUACUUGUUUUGGUCAUGAUAAUUUUGGACCUCAUGGGUGUAAUGGCAAUUUUGGGUAUUCAACUCAAUGCAGUGUCUGUUGUAAACCUUAUUAUGUCAAUAGGGAUUGCUGUGGAGUUCUGUGUGCAUAUAGUACAUGCAUUCAUGGCAGUGUAGUGAUCUCCUUGCAGAUAACAUUAUGGUUCAUCAUUGUGUCUACGAAAGCACGGAUCUAUUAAUGUUAUUAGAUUGGUAAAAAUGUGAAACAAACUUUUCCCUUUCAUCCUUUUGUUCUUUCUUUUGACUUUUAUUAUAAAUAAUUGGUUUAUGGAUCAUUAGUUUGCAAGCAACACUAACGUACACUGUAGCCUCAAUUUUAGCAUUCUCACACAUGUAGCUGAAAGUCAAGGAGACACUACAAUUAAUCCCAAUAAAUGGGUAAACUCAUCACAUUAUGGAUCCAUAUCCUUGAUAAGAAAGAAGGGAUAUUCAGACUUCUAGUCAGCCACUCAGCGGCAAUUAUGGGUGGACAUGCAGAGUGGCUGUGUUGGUUGGUUGAGUGCAUUCUUCUAUAUUUUAUACAUAUCUAAAUAUGUAUCUUACACCAUAUCCAAUAUUUUCAAAUAAUCAUAUCAGUAUCGGACAAAAUCGAAUUGGAUACACAUGCACAAGAACUUUAACAUGUGAACUUUUGAUCCAUUGGACUUUGUGACAAGUUUAUCUUAUAAGUUAUUUGGUAGUGGAGCUUUGAUAUAACUCUUGCUCUGUUGUCAGAGAAAUAACUCGUUACAAAAAUUAUUUGAUUGGUGGUUGAAUUAUUAGUGUCUGUCUAAAUUAUUAUGUUUGACAUUUUUCUUUAUGUAUUAUUUAUCUUUGCUUGGAAGUGGAAUCACACUUAAAAAAUUAGUUGGAGUUCUCGUCCUUUGCUUCUCAACAUCAGAAAUUUUUGUGGUAUGUGACAUAUCACCUUGGCUCCAACACUAGAUUGUCUGCUCAAGAAAUGUUAAAGUAGCUUUCGGAUCUUUGCAGGUGUAUUACUUCCAGAUGUAUCUGGCUUUGGUUAUCGUUGGCUUCUUGCAUGGUCUUGUUUUUCUACUCGUAAGUCUCUGGUGUAAAAAACUGUAGCUUUUUGUUAACGUCAUUAAAUAGGUUUUACUACAUUUUGAGUUUUAUUUGUCACACAUUGGCAUUAAAUUUCACAAUGUUUUCUACACCCUUACAUGUGAUGUAGUCGUUAAUCCAUACAAUCGCCAUUGGGGUUAUUUCUUGUGUGUAUAUGAGAUUUGUCUUUUUUAUUUUGUUUUUAACAAUCUAUCAGAAUAUCAGAAUCGGAGUUUAGUGUUAGAAAUUUAUAUCGAUUCAUGCAGCUUCUCAACCAAUUGAGUUAGACCCUUUGGUAGUUUUUCAAAGGUCUAGUAUCAUUAUCAUAUAAAAAUAGAGAUCAGCAAAACUUAACAUUACUCCC